AUGCUCGCACCAGCUACACUACUGCCACGGCGAGCAGCCCUACCGCGACACCGCCCGCUGUCGACCACCUCCCGCCUCCUCGCCCCGCCCUACGUCGUCACCUCUCUCCCCUCGCGCGCCCUCCUCUCCAUCCACGGGCCCGACUCGACAAAGCUCCUCCAGGGCCUCGUCUCGAACGACGUCCGCCGCGUCGCCCAGCUCGCCGACGACGACCACCACCACCUGGACAAGCGCCGCGUCGUGUACGCCAACAUGCUCAAGGCCGACGGCCGCUACCUGCACGACAUCAUGCUCUUCCCCCCACGUCCCUCGCCCUCGUCCUCCUCCUCGUCCGACCCUCCCUCGCCAGGCUUCCUCCUCGAGCACGACGCCGCCUUCACGCCCACCCUGCGCACCUACCUCAAGCGGCACGUCCUGCGCUCCCGCGUCAAGCUCGGGCGCGGAGCCGAGCCCGACCUCGUCGUGACGGCCGCGUGGCGCAACCCGCUCGACCACGCCGUGCCCGAGUCGCCGUCCGAUUUCCCUGCCCUCCCGCUCGAGGCAAACAUCGACCUCAUGAACGGCGUCGACUACCGCAAGGGGUGCUACGUCGGGCAGGAGCUCACGGCGAGGACGCACCACAAGGGCGUCGUGAGGAAGAGGGGGGUCGUCUUGAGGCUGUUUCGCGAGGGCGAAGACGUCCCGACCUCCCCCCUCCCCUCCUCCUCCUCAGGGCCCCUCAUCCCCUACCCGUCCCUCUUCCCCCUCCCGCCCCCCUCCUCGACCCUCACCCUCCUCCCCUCCUCCUCCCCCUCCUCGUCCUCGCGCGCCAAACCGCGCGCCCCGCGCCCCUCGGGCCGCCUCGGCACCUCGCUCUGCGCCGCCUCGUCCGGGUCCGGCGCGACGACGCUCGCGCUCGGGUUCGCGAGCGUCAGGCUCGACCACCUCUCGGCGGACGAGGGCGGGAGCGCGCCAGAGGGCGAGGGGGUGUUUGUCGUCAGGGCGCCGGUGUCGGGUGAGGGGGUCGUCGGCGGUGGUGCUGCUGGCGCGGGAGAGGGAGAGGGAGAGGGUGGGGGAGGGCCGCAGGAGUGCGGCGACGGCGCGGGAGAGAGCGACGAGGUGGGCGGGAGGUGGCUCGCAAAGGGGUUCAGGACAGAGUGGCUCGAGUUCAAGCUCGAGGAGGAGGCGGUCGCCAAGGGCUUGUGAGCGCGUGAGCGGGGCAGAGGAGGUGUGCAACGAGCGCUCGGUCGAGGACGUUCGGACCCUC